GAGUCAGCACACACACAGAUGGUGAAUGGGAAUGGGUCAUGACCAGGAGGAGUUUACUCUGCCGCGUCGUUUCAGAACCCCUCGCAUUGGAUUAUGCUCUUCAUUGUGACCAGUGUGUGUCACCGCGUCCACUGAGCCUCCGCAUUUAACGUCGCGCUCUCGUUGAUUGUUGCAUUCUCCACUGGAUGCAAGCAUCGUCAUGUUGAUCAGAACGACUCUUCUCCUCUACUUUGUGUCCUCACUCUCAGACCUCGUUAGGUGCAUGGAAAGUGACAUUUGCUUUCCAGUCAGACUGGAUAACCACAACCAUGACGGGAUGGAUUUUGACAACGACGUGGAUACCAAUAAUGGAAAACAUAUAAUAAAAAUACAAGCUUUCGAGCAAGAGUUUGUGAUUGAUUUGCAUCAAGACUCUAAUUUCAUUGCACCUUCCAUCUCUAACCAAGACUCACUCUGGCUCUCCAACAGCGAUGUCACCAUUGACCUGAGCCGGUGCUUUUACUCGGGAUAUGUGAAUUCUGACCGCUACUCUUAUGCUGCGUUGAGCCUCUGUAAGGGUUUCCAAGGUGCAUUUGGCUUCAGAGGAUGGGAAUAUUUCAUCAGCCCGCUGCAGAAUGACACCAGGGGCGCACAGAGUGCGCACAUCAUACGGCGCAGAACCAGCGUCCACCCAAAGCUCAAUUCAACAUCCAGGUGCGCAGUGGACAGCGACGUGAGUCUCCAGGUGCUUCAGUCACUGGAGAAAUACCGGCUGCUCAAAGUCCACAGCAACGUGACGGCAACGAUGCUGAAGAGAAUGGGACGAGCCAAACGGUUCGCUUCGGUCCCCAGGUACGUGGAGACGCUCGUGGUGGCGGACGAGUCCAUGGCGCAGUUCCACGGGGACGACCUGAAACACUACCUCUUGACCCUGAUGUCCGUGGCAGCGAGGCUCUACAAACACCCCAGUAUACGUAACUCCAUCAGCAUCGUAGUUGUGAAGAUCGUGAUCAUCACGGAAGAGGACAAAGGACCCAAGGUGACCGGGAACGCGGCGAUGACGCUGCGCAACUUUUGCACGUGGCAAAAAAAGAUGAACAAAAACAGCGACAAGCACCCCGACUACUGGGACACGGCGAUCCUUUUCACUAGACAGGAUUUGUGCGGAGCCUCGACCUGUGACACUCUGGGCAUGGCGGACGUCGGCACCAUGUGCGACCCCAAGAGGAGCUGCUCUGUGAUCGAGGACGACGGCCUGCCUUCGGCCUUCACCACUGCGCAUGAGCUUGGUCACGUUUUCAACAUGCCGCACGACAACGUGAAGGCCUGCCAGGACGUGUUUGGGAAGCUGCAGGACAACCACAUGAUGUCUCCAACGCUUAUUCAGAUCAACCGAACUAGCCCCUGGUCCCCCUGCAGUGCUGCAAUCAUCACUGAAUUUCUAGACAGUGGGCAUGGUGAAUGUUUGCUCGACCAGCCUCAGCAACCACUGGUCCUGCCAGAUGUGUUACCCGGAGUAGCUUACAACCUGGACCGCCAGUGCGAGCUUGCGUUUGGAGAGGCCUCCAAGCCAUGUCCCUUCAUGCAGCCGCCAUGCGGUCGUCUGUGGUGCACAGGAAAGUCCAAUGGCCAUUUGGUGUGUAUGACUCGACACUUCCCCUGGGCAGACGGCACAAACUGUGGGGAUGGACAGGUCUGUGACCGAGGUGUCUGCUCUGAAAAACAGCCCCACACUGUGAAGGUGGAUGGCCGCUGGGGCAGGUGGAGCAUGUUCGGCUCCUGCUCGCGAACAUGCGGCGGUGGCAUCCAGCUGUCUAAAAGAGAGUGUAGCAACCCAGUUCCUUCGAAUGGGGGCAAGUACUGCCAAGGUGUUCGGGUCAAGUAUCGCUCCUGCAACCUGAACCCCUGCUUGGACGCAGCUAAGACAUUCCGCGAGGAGCAAUGUGAGACCAGUGGCCGCAAUUUUAACAGCAAUCGUAUCGCGUCCUCUGCGGUUUGGGUCCCCAAGUACACUGGAGUAUCCCCUGACGAUAGAUGUAAACUCAUCUGCAGGGCUAAUGGCACCGGCUAUUUCUACGUCCUGUCACCCAAGGUUGUGGACGGAACUCCCUGCUCCCCAGACUCAACAGGAGUGUGUGUCCAAGGAAAGUGCAUUAAAGCUGGCUGUGAUGGAAAAAUUGGCUCAACAAAGAAGUUUGAUAAGUGUGGAAUCUGCGGAGGUGAUAACAAAGGCUGCAAGAAGGUGUCGGGCCUCUUCACAAAGCCUGUGCACGGCUACAACUUUGUGGUCACUCUGCCAGUGGGUGCAGCCAACAUAGACAUCCGUCAGCGAGGCUACAAGGGAAUGAUGAGUGAUGACAACUACUUGGCGGUGAAGAACAGCAAUGGCCAAUACCUGCUCAAUGGGAACUACGUUGUUUCCGCUGGGGAGAGGGACGUUAUUGUGAAGAACAGCUUGCUCCGCUACAGCGGCACAGACGGCCUCUCUGAGACCCUGCAGGCUGUGAAGCCUUUGGGAGAGGCCAUGACCGUGGAGGUUCUGUGUGCAGGCAAGAUGACACCUCCACGAAUCCGCUACUCCUUCUACCUUCCCCGUCAAGCCAAGGUGGACAAGACUCUGAAGAAGGAGGCACAUUUGAACUCGCACAACAGCGUCCUGUCUGAGGAUAGUGUAAAGGAAAAAGACGGAGACACUCUGAAGAGGCCUUACAGCAAGGACGAUCCAGCGCUGGAGAAAUGGACAUCCACAAACUGGGAUGAGUGCUCUGUGACCUGUGGAGGUGGGAUCCAGAGGAGGCUGGUGCAGUGUCUAAAACCCGACGGGAAGCCAGGGAUGGACUGUGACUCUUCACAAAGACCCUCGGCCACCAGGGCUUGUGGAGAGCCGUGCCCUGACUGGCAUAUUGGGCAGUGGUCGCCUUGCUCCAGGACCUGUGGGAAGGGCUUCAAGAGACGACCUUUGCAAUGCAAAACCCAAACUGGGAUUCUGCUCCCAAGGAACAACUGCGCUGGCUUACGCAAGCCGCAGGAGCUGGACUUCUGUAGCCUGAGGCCUUGCUAGUUGAUGACAUGCACCCAAUAGAGCAAAGUAAAUAUAGCUAUCACACACAUCAUAUCUGUCAGGUGCAGAUUUUUCACCUACCUUUUGAGAUACAGUUCUUGCUUGGAAGAACAAUAAAGAACAAAGAGCGUGACAACUGCAGGAGGAACACAGUAUUUUUAAAUGGCAUCACUGACUUUAAAAGCUGCCCAGGCGUAACUCUAGCCACAGUCACACUUGAAGUCUGUGUCAAAAAUAGGGAUCAUUUGGCUUAGCUUCAGGCUUAGCAUGAAGUAACUCAAAAGAUUCACAAAGAAAUCAUAGUGUUUAGUUAAUGGCACAUCACAGCAGCAUCAGUUACCUGGUCGGGUAACCCUGGUGGGAUACAUGGUGCUGCACCAGGCUAUACUGAUAAAACUAUGUUUUGGGCAUCACUGACUCUGUUACAUGUAUUUUUUUAUCAGGGAAGCUAUAGGAAUAGAUGUAGAAUUUAAUCAGAGAUGUGGCUCUAAUGCUACGUGUACUGCUGCUGCACCCAAAUAUGCAUCCAUACAUGUACUAUUGAAUCUGCUGGUUGGAAGUUAUGUCAGUCCAUGAGGGUGUGGCCAACAAUAGACCUACUCUAAUUGUACACACACAUUGUACACACACACACAUUGUACACACACACACACACACACACACACACACACACACACACACACACACACACACACACACACACACACACACACACACACACACACACACACACACACACAC